GUUAAUCAAAAUUAAUUUGAAAGAACGUUUGAGGAACAUCAUACCUUAUAAAAAAGGUUCCAAGAAAACUGGACAUUUGUAGAACUUUCUUAAUAACAAAAUUCUGUUAGCUGGGUUAUUGUUUGGACACUUUCUGUUAAACUUGUGGAUCAAGUUUAUUAUAAUAAUAAUACCAAUAAUCAUAGUUUUAAUAAUAGUUUUGUAGUUGCCUUCAGUUCAGUUCCUAUUUGAGGAAAACGAAGUGUGUAAGUUUUAGGUUUAGCAAUGGGUUGGGAUCACGUGACAUGAGGAAUUUUUGGAGAAGCUGAUAUCAAUCAUUAUAAGAUUGCAGCAAGUUUGACUUUGAUCUAUUUACUAAAAAUUACGCACCUCAAAACAAGUGAUAUCCCCUUUAUAUAAAUAAUAUAUAUUAAAAAGUCUUGAUUAAUGAAUGACGCAUUAAUCUCUGCAAUCAACAACACAAUGCUUAGCAAUAUAGUAAACCAACAGAGCAGCGCCAUCUGCAGACAAAACAUCUACUCACAUAUGCGUUAAGGAACUCCAUCCUCCUCUCCUUCACUGUGUGAAAAUAGUGCUGCCGUGGAGUGAUGGGGGACUGGAGUCUCUUGGGUAAUUUUCUGGAGGAGGUGCAGGAGCACUCCACGUCAAUAGGGAAGGUGUGGUUAACCGUGCUGUUCAUCUUCCGUAUCCUGGUUCUGGGCACGGCUGCAGAGUCAUCUUGGGGUGACGAGCAGUCUGACUUCAUGUGUGACACACUUCAACCCGGUUGCACCAAUGUCUGUUAUGACCGAGCUUUCCCUAUUGCCCAUAUUCGCUACUGGGUGCUACAGAUUGUCUUUGUAUCAACACCAUCACUCAUCUACAUGGGCCAUGCCAUGCAUAUCGUUCGCAUGGAGGAGAAGCGGAAGCAGAGGGAGAUGGAGGAGAAGGGUGAGGAGGGAAAAGGAGAAAAGGAGUAUUUGGAACACAAAGAGAAAGUCGAAGAUACAAAGACAAAGUUCCGCCUGAAGGGAGCGCUGCUGCAGACGUACGUCAUGAGUAUUGUAAUACGCUUGGUCAUGGAAGUGACCUUCAUUGUGAUCCAGUACAUGAUGUACGGCAUCUUUCUGAAUGCUCUUUAUCCUUGUAACAUGUCACCAUGUCCCAACCAAGUGAACUGCUACAUGUCCCGUCCAACAGAGAAAAAUGUCUUCAUUGUGUUCAUGCUGGUGGUGGCGGCUGUUUCACUGCUCCUCAGCGUGCUAGAGCUGUAUUACCUUGGAUGGAAACAGUGCAAGCAAUGUCUUAGAAAAUACGCUGCCAAACAUGCCAGUGACAUCAAACCCAAUAAAAACAAAGUUGCUGUCCAACCUGGCAAGACAAGUAUUCCGAUGGAUCUGCCUGAGACUGCUCAUCCACGUCCCUCCCAAACCUGCACUCCACCCCCAGAUUUCAACCAGUGCCUAGCGUCAAGCCAAGGUCCAACAUCACCCCCACAUCUUCAUUCUCAUCAUCUUCAUCACAUCCAUCAAGCCUGCCAGCCUUUCACCAACCGCCUGGCCCACCAGCAGAACUCUGUCAACAUGGCCACCGAGCGGAAUCAUCACAGCCAUGAUGACCUGGAGCCGUCUGAAGACUUCCUGCAGAUGAGCUACGGGAGCCCUGAGGCUCGAGUCCCGGAUGAAAUGACACCUAGCACCCCCUCCACACCAUCCUCCCAACCAGGAUUCUCCAGAGACAAGCGGCGACUUAGCAAGACCAGUGGUACUAGUAGUAACCGGGUCAAAUCAAGUGAUCUGGCCGUGUAGGUUGGGUUACAGGACGUCCCAGAGGAAGACAAUCUGGGUGAACUAGCCUUAAGAUGAGAGAUAUGGAUGUAAGGGGUGUGCAUGUUUGUGUGUGUAUAAGUAUGCUUGUGUGUUGGUACUAUGAGAUGGAAUAUUUCAUUCAUUUGGGCUUAAAUAACACCAUAAAUCAAAGGAUAAUGGAUAAUGAGAGUAAGACAGAGAGAGAAUCUGUAUCAGAGCUUUUAAUCUGGUUUCAUUGAAACUGUUGUUGUAAUUGCUAAAGUGUAUGUAGAUUUUUAUAGGGUGGGAUCAAGUGAUCCUGAAUAAAAGCCUGUUGAUAUAACCGGAUGAAUGGAUAGAUGGAUGGAUGGAUGGAUGGAUGGAUGGAUGGAUGGAUGGUUGGAUGGAUGGAUAGAUUGAAUAUGAGGGGACUACUGAAAUAAAUUGGUGACAUUUACAAGACAGCACUGGAUAGUUUUGCACAGUUUCAGAUUGUUUUGAUUUAUGAUUUUAUGGUCUAUGAUUAAAAAAACUAUCAAACACUGUUUUUGAACCAAAAAAACAAUAAAGCACUUAAAACAUAUCUUAAAACAGUAUCUCAAUAAAAAAAGGGAGAAAAACAGCACUUUGUACAGGCUACUACAAAGAAGAACAAAACAUGUCAUGUGUGAUUUGUUUUUAAGGUUUAUGAAUUUUAUUAGCAAUAACAUGACUACAGAAGAGCGUUUAUGUGAGUAUGCUACAUAUUUACAGAUAUAUACGUGAAAUAAAUAACACUGAAUUCUAUGAAGUGUAUUAUUUUAUAUAUUUUAUUGCAAUUAAGCAGGGAUACAAAUAUGUGGGAAUUAUUAACACAUGAGAGUUUGUUACAGUAAUGGGGCUGUACUUAGAUGAAAUAUCAAAACAGAGAAGCUCUCCAAUGAUUUUGAUAUUUAGCGGUCAAUGAUUUUGGCAUUAUAUAUACACUGCCUGGCUAAAAAAGUCGCUGUUAUACUUAAGAGUCUGUAACUGGAUCAUUAUGGCUGUGAUUAUUAUGUUACUAGCAUGUUGUAUGUUUGGGAACAGUUCUUUUAACCCUAAUUGAUGGAGUGUGUAGCUUUUCAUUUCUUAAACAACCAUGUAGGAAGACACUUCUGUCAGGACCACUAUGGUCAAAUAUGAUUGAUUAUUGCAUAGAGUUUGUAU